AAAAAUCUUUAAGAAAAUUAAACCGAACUGAACGGACCGAAGUUUUGGUUCAGUUUCGAUUUUGGCAAAAUGCCGAAACCGAACCACCCUAAAUCUUUCGGGGAUGCUUUCUCCGCUUCGACUACGCAUCGCCUUCUGCUUCUUCACCGCUUCUUUCCCCACCCCUCCACGCCUAAUCUGCUAAACGACGACCUUCUCGACGACAUCCUCUUGCACCUACCCGCCUUAUCAUUCGCAUCAGCGGCGUGCGUUAGCAAAUCCUGGAACCCAAUCUGCAGCCGAAUCCUUGCUCGCCCGAAGCUCGCCUCUGCCCUCUCUCUCCACCCCUCUCCUAAGGUUGCGGUGAAGGAGGUUAUCGAGAAGGUUCUGACUGGGCCGAUACGGCCUCAUUUCGUUGUGGCUAAUAUUGGAAAAGGGUUUGGAUUGUAUGACAUUUCCAAGUUUGUAUGUGUUCUUGCUCAUAAAAACCCCUUCAUCUUAAUUAGUAUAUCUGAGCACGUAGUUUGAGGGCUCCGACUGCAACACACAGCAGCAGCGAUGGGGGAGGAGAAGUGGCACCAGGUGAUGUAGAACCUAUUCGGUGAUCAAUCUGAAGAGGAAGAGGAAGAGGUGGAUUCCGAGCAUGAGUCCAAUCCGCAGCCCAGUUUUGUAUGAUCCUCUAAUUUCAAGUUUCCUUUCUAUUCUGAUUCCAAAAGCAUGUUUGGGAAUGAGUAGGCUUUCAAUUUGUUCUGUAAUCUUAGCCGAAGGAAGAUAUAGGUUGUGCUUUUGUUAAUGGCGGUGGAUGAUUUGGAUGAAAGGAUGUAUCUUGGGGAUUUUUUUUUGCUUGCAGUUGUUUAGGCCUGGACUGAAGAAGUUUUGUGGAAUGAGAUUCUUAUGAGUAGUCAAUUUUAGUGGGAUUGUUGUUUCAAUCUGGAUAAUGAAUGAUGUCGUUUUCCUAUUCGGUCUGUCCUUUGAUGGUGUAGCAGAUCUGGAAUUUUGUGAAAUGCUCUUUCUGAUUAGAAAUAUAGAAUUGGUUUUAAAUUAUUUUCUUAACUGUUUGGUUCUGAUGUGCUUUACCGAUAAAUCAAGGGUUUGCAAGAUAUUUUUUUGUUGUUCUCUUUAAAUGGUGGGUGUUAUCAUUUUCUCUCUUUUUUCAUAUCUGUCUUGCCAUUGACUGGGGAUGUGGGUGAUACUGCUACCCUGUACGCCGCAGUACAGGGCUGUAACAAGAUUAUCUAUUGUGCUACUGCACUUUCUACUAUCAGCGGAGACCUCUACAGGGUUGAUCAAAGAGGGGUCUUCAAUCUUACUAAAGCAUUUCAGGACUACAACAACAAAAUGGCGCAAUUACGAGCUGGAAAGAGUAGCAAGAGCAAACUUACAAUUGUAAAGUUCAAGACUGCGGAGUCAGUGGAUGGAUGGGAAGUUUGUCAUGGGACUUACUUUCAGGAUGUGGUUGCUUCUAUGUAUGAUGGAGGAACGGAUGCCAAGUUCAAAUGCAUUUUCACCGGAGAUGCUAUUUCCUCCUGAUAUGUUUUCACCAGGGGAGGGUAUGUUGAACUGUCAGAAAAGUUUUCACCAGAGGAAGGUGGAUGAGUGGAAAGCUGAGAUGAGUGGAAAGAAGCUAAUGCACUCAUGGAACAACUUAAGCUCAACCCUCAGCUUCAGACGUUUCAAGCGUGGCUUUGGGAUUCUGCAACUGUAUCUUAUGGUUUUAGAAUUGCCUGUGUACAAAGGAUUAUUAUGGCAACGAGACCAUGUCGCUCUGGGAAGCUCUUUUGAUGGUCGCUGUUGUUGGAGUUAUAUUAAAAAGAAAUAUUUAAAGAGGGCUGGAACCCAGUCAAAGCUGGGGGGCUAGGCCCUCACGCCCAUAUUA